AUGCUUUCGAAACGGGCUCUUGUGUGGCUUGCCGCCACCUCAGCAGUAAAAGGCGAAGACAGAAUUGAGCAAGAAAAUGCACCUUCGUUGGAGCCAGUGUGCGAUAAUAUGGUAUUUAGCCCGCCAAGUCUUGGUGCCGGUGUCACGAUAAGCUCCAUCAAAGCAGAUAUCCAGCGCAACUACACUUCGUUUGGGGGCAUGCAUGGGAUACCGGAUAUAGAGGGUCUGAACUUUUGUCAGGUCAAGGUACAUCUCAAUCACAAGGGAAGCGACGAUGACGUCUUGGUCGAAGUAUGGCUUCCGUUGAAUCGCGACGAUUGGAAUGGUCGCUUUCAAGCUACGGGAGGAGGAGGUAUGUCGACUGGCAUGCUUGGAAGAGCACUUGGGCCUGCUGUUCGUGGGGGUUACGCAGCUUCCUCUACAGAUGGCGGUCACCCUGUUCAAAGAACCGACGACACAACAUGGGUUUUGAAGGAGGACGGCACUAUCGACUGGAAUCUAUUGACUGACUUUGCGACUCGCAGUCUUGUUGAGUCGGUCGUUUUGGGGAAAAUCAUUACCGAACAGUUCUAUCAGGAGAAGCCAAAAUACUCAUACUGGAACGGGUGUUCUCAAGGCGGGAGGCAAGGCUACGUGCUGGCGCAACAGUACCCUCACAUACUAGAUGGCAUCCUUGCAAAUGCUCCUGCGAUCAGUCUGACUCACCUCGCAAUGGCAGAAUUCUGGCCUCAACUAGUCAUGAAAGAAGAAGGCUUGUGGAUGUCGAGCUGCGAGUUCAAUUACUUCCGUCAGAAAGCGAUGGAGAGCUGUGACAUGAUUGACGGUGUCAGCGAUGGAAUAAUAUCUGAGCCAGACUUGUGCGACUUUGACUCGCUUCACCUAAUCGGUCAAGUCUUCUAUUGCGAAGAUGGGCCAGUAGAAGUUUCGCGAGCCAUGGCAAACAUCGUGCGACGAAUCGAGCAAGGACCCCGAACACCAGUCAAAACAUCUCUUUGGCACGGCCUUACGCAUGGUACCAGUUUCGAUCGCCUUGCGGGAAUCACCACCUCUACGGACGGAAUGCGGACGCCCAUACCAUUCCCAAUAUCCACGGGUUUCAUCCGCAGCUUUCUUUUGAAAGAUGAUUCCUUUAACGUCACUAGGCUUAACUAUGCUGACUAUAUGGCGUUAUGGGUUCAAGGAAACGCAGAGUUCGGGUGGCUGCUCGACGCUGACAAGCCAGACCUUACGAGCUUGCAGACUUCAGGAACGAAGCUCCUCAGCUGGCAUGGGGUCAACGAUCCACUCAUCCCGUAUCAGUCUACUGUGGAGUAUCGAAAACGGGUAGAAAUUCUUAUGGGCGGGGCGAAUGAAGUCGACAACUUCUACCGUCUCUUCUUGGCGCCAGGUGUGGAGCAUUGCGCGAAAGGUAAUGGACCUGUUCCUAAGGACCCGCUUUCUGCGCUGGUAGAAUGGGUCGAGGAUGGACUCGCACCCGAAACACUGGAAGCGGAAACUACAACAUAUGAGGGAGAUCGUGUGACGCGGGAGCUUUGUGCUUGGCCUGGAAACGCCCAGUAUAUGGGGAUAGGUGACCCGAAGAGAGCCUCUAGCUGGAGUUGUCAAGGAGGUACUGAACGACCUGAGGAAGGCUUGGCUAAAGAUGGGGAUAGUGACCAGUCCGGUCGAGCAGGUCAAAUACUGGACGGGUUGAAGGACAGACUUGAGGGUCUUGGACUGGGUCUUACGAUUGGUUAA